AGCGACUCAUCUUGAAGUGCGGCUCUUUGUUCAAAGUUAAGCAAGAGACAGCAACAGUUCCCACAGGCGAGUCAGAGACAUUUUACUUUAAAGUGUUUUACUUGGAGACGCAGGUUUAGCUGCGCAUCUCUUUAGCUUCGUGUGCGUGUUAGCAGGUAAGCUAGCUAGCUGUGUGUGAGACGAUGAGGCUGAGCGCAGUGCUCGUGUGUGUGUGUCUGCUCUGGGCUGAAGGCUCCAGGGGAGACACACCUGCCAAUUGCACCUACCCGGAGCUGCUGGGGACCUGGGUGUUCCAGGUGUCCAGAGGAGGACACGACAACACCGUCAACUGCUCCGCUCAGGCCACAGGGGAGAGCUCUGUGACCGUGACCCUGGAGAAACUGUCUGUUGCCACGGACGAACUUGGGAACACCGGCUUCUUCACCAUCAUCUACAACCAGGGAUUUGAAGUGGUCAUCAAUGGCUACAAAUGGUUCGCCUUCUUUAAGUACUCUGAGGGGGGCCCUACAGUCACCAGCUACUGUGACCAGACCCUGCCAGGGUGGGUCCAUGAUGUCCUGGGAAACAACUGGGCUUGUUUUGUGGGAAAGAAGGUGAAACCAGUGCCACCCCGUGUAGAUUAUAAACCACUUUUCAGCAGCAGGCUGCUCCAGAAGCCGUACAAAAACAACAUGGACUUCAUUGAUUCCAUCAAUUCAGUUCAGAGUUCUUGGAAGGCUGUGGCCUACCCGGAGCACGAGACGUUCACUCUUCAGGAACUGCAACGCAGAGCUGGGGGACCCGCCUCCCAUGUCCCCAUGCGUGUUCGCCCCAUGCCUGUCAGAGCUGGUGUUGCCAAGAUGGCUGCAGCUCUUCCUGAGCGCUUUGAUUGGAGAAACGUUGGCGGUGUGAACUUCAUCAGCCCCGUGCGAAACCAAGGAUCAUGUGGCAGCUGCUACUCCUUCGCCUCCAUGGGGAUGUUAGAGGCUCGCAUCCGAAUCCUCACCAACAACAGUGAGACCACCAUCCUCAGUCCGCAGCAAGUGGUCUCCUGCUCUAAAUACUCUCAAGGGUGUGACGGUGGGUUCCCAUACCUGAUCGGGAAGUACGUUCAGGAUUUCGGCCUGGUGGACGAGUCCUGCUUUCCGUACGCUGGAAAGGACACUCCGUGUGGCGUUCCUAAAAACUGCGUCCGUGUUUACGCGGCAGAGUACAACUACGUUGGUGGGUUUUAUGGCGGCUGCAGUGAGAUGGCCAUGAUGUUGGACCUGGUCAAGAAUGGACCCAUGGCCGUGGCCUUUGAGGUCUACUCUGACUUCAUGAACUACAAGGAGGGCAUCUACCACCACACAGGCCUCUCAGACCCCUUCAACCCCUUCGAGCUGACCAACCACGCCGUGCUGUUGGUGGGAUACGGCCGCUGCCACAAGACCGGGCAGAAGUUCUGGAUUGUGAAGAACAGCUGGAGCACUGGCUGGGGCGAGGACGGCUACUUCCGAAUCCGCCGCGGAAGUGACGAGUGCGCCAUCGAGAGCAUCGCAGUGGCAGCCAAACCAAUCCCCAAACUGUAGACGCAAUAGAGUCAGGACGGGAGGAGUUUGGGUCCUGAAGAGGGAUCUCAGUAGCACAACUUUCUUGAUCUGUUUUUAACUUCACAUUAGAUGACAUCAUGCAGCAAAAUGUCACAUUUCCCUAAUCCAACAAGCAGGUGUCAAGAACUAUAGUGCAUAAAACUGCUAAACCUUUUAAAUGAAAAUACGUGGAUUUUAGAUUUAAUGCCAAAAGUCAUUAUGACGAUGAAAAUAUCAAAGUGAAAAAUCAUUGCAAAACCCAAAAAUAUUUAAGAUUGUUUUAAGACUUUUAAGCCUGGUUAUUCUUAAGUCAAGUGUCGCAUAUUUAAAUGUUGACAUUAGAGGAUCAAAAUUAUUUUAUUGGAAGUUCUGUCUUGACCGAUCGAAGCCUGAAAUAUAGUUUUUGUUUUUUAUAAUCCCAGGCUCCGCUUUUUCUGGGAAGCUCUGGUUUCUGGGAAUAACAUGUAAAAGACAAAAGACAAGACAAAGUUCUAUAUCAUGCUGUGAAAGCUAUAUUUGGUUAGAGUUGGUAUUAGGGACACCAACGCUUCUUUUUUUAUGGUUGAUUUUUUUUUAGUAUUAAUGCAUGCAGUCUACUGCCUUUUGUUUUCACUUUUGCACAAUCGCUGCCAAUCGAUGUUUUAAUUCAAGCUGUAACUGCCGACACAAACUUGGAAUCAAUGCAAUCAAUGGAUUGGCACACACUGUGACGAAUCAUAAAAGGAUGUAACAUUUUACUCGAAAAUUCAAAGGGAAUUCCCAAGCGAGAGGUUGAUAUUUGUAUUUGUCUGUCAGGUGCAGUAACUUGUUUGUUGGUCUCAGGGAAGCUCAGGAGAGAACUGUAAUAUCUUCAAUCCUUGUGGAACAUCUAAAAGGCAUUUCAUGACAAAGGGAUUCAACUGGCUGUAGUGCCUUCCAUUCUGCCUUUUUUUUUACCCUUGUUUUAUUGAAAGCAUGUGUUUUAAUCUGUAUCGUGAUAUUUGCACUGAUGGAAUAAAAGCAUAUCAAGAAUG